AUGCGACUCAAUUCAGUCCUUGGGGGCCUUUUGGCUCUCUCCUCCUCCUCGCUCGUCUCCGCAUUCUUGACGGUCAAUGAGACUUCCCACUCUGUGGAGAUCGCGAACGACAGGCUUGUCUUCUCCGUCAACAAGUCUAUCGGCGCGAUCGACGUCCUCACAUUGGAUGGCCAAGACUUGCUCGGUAGCAGAGCCAGCGCGUUUGGUAUCGGACCGUACCUUGACUGCUAUUGCGUCCCGUCCGGCUCGUACACCCCUGGUUCGAUCGACCCGACCUACAAAGUCUUCCAGGGAGUCGACGCAUCCCAUGUCAAGUACGGCGGUGUCGUCAUGAGCGAGGUCUACCCGCCCACCGGCCAGCUUUUGGAGCAAUACUGGUUCCUGCGCGACGGGGAAACGGGGUUGCAUACCUUCAGUCGGAUCGCAUACCACAACUCCACCACGCCGUUUCUGCGCAACCUCCAGGAGUUCCGGACUCUGUUCCGCCCCAGCACGAACAUCUGGACACACCUGAUUACGGACGACCAACUGUGGGCGCCGCUGCCCGUGCCCAACCCAGCGUCAGGGAGCACAGCAAACUCGACAACCGUCCAGGAUGCCACUUGGUACUUGGGCAACCGCACCGGAGAUCCGUACGUCGAGCAGUUCUCCGACUAUUUCACCAAGUACACGUUUGCAGCCGUUUGGCGGGAUCACACAGUCCACGGCAUGUUCGCCGACGGAUCUUACAUCGAUGACAAGUCGACGUUCGGAGCCUGGCUCGUGAUGAACACCAAGGACACCUACUUCGGCGGGCCCCUCCAUUCGGAUCUGGUGGUUGACGGCAUCGUCUACAACUACCUCGUCUCGAACCAUCACGGCGACGGCACGCCCAACAUCACCGACGGCUUCGACCGCACGUUUGGUCCUCAGUACUACCAUUUCAACAAGGGGCCCGCAGGUGGAUCGUGGCAGGCCCUUCGGGACGAGGCCGUCAAGUUCGCAUCGCCGUCAUGGAACGCCGCGUUCUACGACUCCAUCGCCCAGCACGUGCCGAACUACGUGCCCACGGGGGGGCGAGGGUCUUGGAAGGCUCAGAUCGCGUUGCCGAAGGGAGCGAAGAACGCAAUUGCCGUCCUGGCUCAAGACGGCGUCGACUUCCAGGACAAUGUCUUCGACACCACGGCGUAUCAGUACUGGGCAGACAUCGAGUCGAGCAGCGGGAAAGUCCAGAUCGACCGGAUCAAGGCGGGCACAUACCGGCUGACCGUGUACGCCGACGGCAUUUUCGGCGAUUACGUUCAUGACGGGAUCGUGGUGAAGGCCGGCAAGACCACCGACAGCGGCCGCCUGGUGUGGUCAGCCGAAUCCGCGGGACGCGAGCUCUGGCGCAUCGGGACCCCGGACAAGUCAGCCGGUGAGUGGAGGCACGGCGACGUGCGAGACGCGCAGCACCCUCUCCAUCCUCCCGAGUACCGCAUCUACUUCGGCGCAUACGACUUCAUCGACGAUUUCCCCAACGGCGUGCGCUUCCACGUGGGCACGAGCGACGAAGCCAAGGACUUCAACUACAUCCACUGGUCCGUCUUCGGCGGCUACGCAAACUUUCUCCGACCAGUGCAGGUCGAGGGCCACGGCGAGAUCAACAACUGGACCAUCACGUUCGACCUCAAGGAGGAGCAGCUCCGCCACACCAGCCUGGCCACCUUUACCAUCCAGCUGGCCGGCGCGAAGACGGCGGCUGGAAACACGGAUGUGUUCAACGCGACCCAAGAAUACAAUAACCUGCCCUUUGUCGUCGUUGUCAACGGGCAUGAACUGGAACCGUGGAUUAUCCCAUACUAUCAGUCCUCGUCCUGCGGCGUUCGCAGCGGCGUGGUCUGCUAUCAGGUGUCUCACAAGUUCACGUUCCCGACGGCAUAUUUGACGGCUGGGGAGGCCACGAAUGAGAUCAUCUUGAGUCUGCCGUACAACGCGACUGAUUACGAGAGUGCGCUGUUGCCGAGGAGUGUCUACGUGCAGUACGACGCACUGAGGCUGGAAGUAAAGUAG